UCCUCCUCGGAUCUUACUGCCGACCAGCAGGCCGCUCUUGACGCCCACAACGCCGCCCGCAAGGUGGUUGGCCAAGUUGCUCAGGUCUGGGACGAAACCCUCGCCAACAAUGCCCAGGAGUGGGCUACCCACCUCAUCUCGGUCGGCAGCUUGACUCACUCUGAGGGCAGCGGCCAGGGCGAGAACCUGUACAUGCAGUCUGCCACUGACUCGCCGUUUGCCAAUGCUGACAAGAUGUGGAUUGAGGAGAAGUCGAGCUACAACGGCGAAGCUAUUGGCGAGGGUGACUUUUCUUCCUAUGGCCACUACAGUGAGUUUUUAUUCAAGAGUACCAAGGUCGGUAUGGCAGUUGCAUCUGGAAACGGCGGGACCUAUGUUGUUGCUCGUUACUCCCCGGCUGGAAAC